GCAGGGAACCCCGACUUAAGCCUGGGGAUUCGGCGGGAAAGCGGACUCCCGGGCACGGCCGCGCUGCGCCGGGGUGUUAGGGCUGCAGGACAUUGUCCGCCGGGCCUGUAGCCAUCGGGGUGCUUGCACCGGACCCCCGGGAAUUAAGGGCGGGCUGGCCCACCUUCCCAGGCUGGGGACGCCCCACCUGCCGUUGUCCGGUGGUCAGCUCCGGCCCAGGGCUUUUGUGUGCAGGGGCGCGCGUCCCUGGCCGGGGUUCAGGCUCUGGCUUCCAGCACCCGGGGGUGCAGAUGAGGAGCCUGAGGCCUUGAGAGGUGAAAUGAUGAGUUACCCGAGGCGCACGGCUAAUUAAGUAGCAGAGCUGGGAUUAGAACUCAGGUGUCCUGCCUCCCAAAUUUCUGAUCAGGAUUGUUACAAUGAGUCUACGGAAGCAGACUCCCAGCGACUUCUUAAAGCAAAUCAUUGGACGACCAGUGGUGGUAAAACUAAAUUCUGGAGUGGAUUAUCGAGGGGUCCUGGCUUGUCUGGAUGGCUACAUGAAUAUAGCCUUGGAGCAGACGGAAGAAUAUGUAAAUGGACAGCUGAAGAAUAAGUAUGGGGAUGCAUUUAUCCGAGGAAACAACGUGUUAUACAUAAGCACACAGAAGAGAAGGAUGUGAAGGCAUCAAGCGUACAGCACUCUUCAGACCUGGAUAUAUUUUUUUAUGAGAUCUUUUUGGUUCUUUUAUAUAAUUUGUCAUAUUUCAUAAUAAUUGGUGAUUUUUCAGUUAUUAAGUAGAAACAGUAAUAAUUGGUGAUUUUUCACUGACAUGUGAGUAAGAUAAAUGUAUAAAGUUGUGGAUUUAAUUGUAAAGAAUUCUUUCAUAUUUAAGUUUCA